AUGGAGCCGGGUUGGGAAAGGAACAGCACUCCCUGCAGCGACCCUGGGGACAUCCUGACCCAGGUGGGGGAUCUCAACUGGACUCUCUUCCACACUCGGGACGAGGAGCUAGCCCAGGCUGAGAUUGGGGUGCUGGCCACUAUCCUGGCAGUUGCCGCAGUGGGCAACCUGGGGGUGCUGCUGGCCAUGUACCGGCUGAGGAAGAAGAUGAGUAGGAUGCACCUCUUCAUCCUUCACUUGGGGCUGACCGACCUGGGGGUGGCGCUUUUCCAGGUGCUGCCCCAGAUGAUCUGGGAGGUGACCUACCGCUUCCUGGGGCCCGACCUGCUCUGCAGGGCCGUCAAGUACCUGCAGGUGCUAAGCAUGUUCGCCUCCACCUACAUGCUGAUCAUGAUGACCCUGGACCGCUACAUGGCCGUGUGCCACCCGCUGCGCACCCUGCAACAGCCAGGCAGGCAGGCCUACCUGAUGAUCGGGGCCACCUGGCUGCUCAGUGGCCUGCUCAGCCUGCCCCAGGUCUUCAUCUUCUCAUUGCAGGAGGUGCAUCAGGGCUCCGGGGUGCUGGACUGCUGGGCUGACUUCAGGUACCCUUGGGGUGCCCGGGCCUACAUCACCUGGACUACGCUUUGUGUCUUCGUCCUGCCCGUGGGCAUCCUCACCAUCUGCUACAGCCUCAUCUGCCACGAGAUCUGCAAGAACCUCAGGUGCAAGACGCAGAGCGGAGCAGAGAUGGGAGUGGGGCGUCCCUGCAGCCAGGCCUCCCGGGUGAGCAGCGUGCGCACCAUCUCCAGGGCCAAGAUCCGCACGGUGAAGAUGACCUUUGUCAUCGUGCUGGCCUAUGUCGCCUGCUGGGCGCCCUUCUUCAGCGUGCAGAUGUGGUCGGUGUGGGACGAGAAUGCCCCUGAUGAUGAGUCCACCAAUGUGGCAUUCACCAUCACCAUGCUGCUGGCCAGCCUCAGCAGCUGCUGCAACCCCUGGAUUUACAUGUUCUUCAGUGGGCACCUCCUGCAUGACAUCCUGCUAUACAUCUCCUGCUGUAGGAGGUUCCGGCCUGGCCUCAAGAGGCAAAUCUCCAACGGGAGCCUCUGCAGCAGGAAAACUACCAUCCUGACUCAGAGCCACCAAACCGCCACACCUGGGAUUCAGCUGCAGCAGGGGGACUUGAAAGAUUUCUACCAGUCCUACGAGGACACGGUGAUGGAGUCAGGCGUGCUCUAG